CUAAAUUAUUCAAAUAAUACGACUACUGUAUCUUUUCUUCGCAAUUUGAGGUAUGUUUGUUUUUAAACAUCGACAUUUCUUAAACAAUUAGCAAGGUUAGUUCAGCAUAAACUAUUUUUCAUUUAUUUACAAAUUCUCUGUUAGUAUUCCACUAUGAGGAAUAUAUUUUAGUCAUUAUCAUUUUUUAAUUGGUUAUAAUUUUUUUGGUUAUGUUAUGUUUCUUUAUCUGAUAAGAAUCAGAGUUGAGUGUAUAAAUUGUUGCAAAUCAUUAACUGUUUAUUUGACCUCAAAACAUCGAUAUCUGUAGAGUGGAGAUUCUUUUCAGAACAUUGACAUAAUUUGUAAUUACUCUGGAUAUUAUUUUAUUUGUUGUAAGAUAUCAGAAUGGUUGACGUAAUUAAAGAUUUACAAUUGAGGACAGAAUAUGCAGCAGAUGAAGAAAAUCAUAUAUUCUUCAAACCUUUAGAUUUUGAAUUGGAGGAACGUGGUUUGGGGUUUCAUUUUUUCAAAUACAUGCGAAAACAUAGUAAUAAGAUUGCGCAAUUUAUUGCUGAUACGGAAAAAGAAGAUACAUACCAAGAAGUUUUGGAACGUUGUGUUAGAGCUGCUCUUCAUCUGAAUAAUAGAAAUUUGACAAAAGAAGAUGUCAUUCUUAUAUGUUCAAACAACAAUCAGUUCACUGUUGUUGCCUUCAUAGCAAGUUUAUUUCUUAAUGUACCGAUAUCUACUUUAGAUCCGACGUUGGCAAUUUUAGAUUUUAAUCAUUUAUUACAAGAAGUCAGACCGAAAAUAGUUUUCGUUAUACCUGAAGUUGUUAAUAAAAUAGAAACCUCAAUGCAAAAUGCAGGAAUUGAAGCAGAAAUAAUAGUUAUCGGAGAAUCAGAUCAAUACAAAACAUUUUCAAGUUUUUUGAAACCUCAUCCAGAUGAAGAUACAUUUGAACCGAAACAAGUUGAUAAUAUAUUUGAUACAGCGGUGAUUCUGCUGAGCAGCGGCACGACUGGUUUCCCCAAAGGAAUUAUGUUGAGUCAUUACGCUUUAAUGUCACAAGCAGUUAAUUUAAUAUACACGAAUAAUUUAAACCGAGUAUAUUUAUCGUAUGCUUCAUUUUAUUGGAUAACAAGAAUAAUGUCUUUAACUGCAUCAUAUAAAAUAGGAGCAGCCAAUGUCAUGGUCUCAAAAUUCGAUCCUCAACAAUGUUGGCAUUUACUUGAUAAGUAUAAGGUAACUGAUACCUUUUUACCGCCCCCUUACGGAAUAUCAUUAGUGAAAGCUAGUCGUCCGAAAAAUAUUGAUACUAGUAACCUGAUAACCCUUUCAAUUUCCGGUGCGCCAAUGCCAGAGGCAUAUUUUUCCAAACUUAGGGAUAUGUUACCUGGAACUAUUAUUUCUCAACCAUACGGACAAACAGAAAUUGCAGGAUGUGCUACAUGGAUUGAUGUAAAAAACGUUAAACAAACUUUGUAUAUACAUAACAAACCCAACUCUAUCGGCAUGCUUUUACCUAAUAUUAUGUGUAAAGUUGUAAAUGUAGAUACUGAAAAAACAUGUGGUCCUAACGAACAAGGAGAACUUAGAUUCAAAACAAAAUCAAUCAUGAACGGUUUUUAUAACCGAGACUGUUCCGAUUCUUUUGAUACGAAUGGUUGGUUGAGAACAGGCGAUGUAUGUUAUUACGACGAAGACGGUUUUUUUUAUAUAGUCGAUAGAAUUAAGGAAAUGCUCAAAUACAAAUCGUGGCAUGUAGCCCCAGCCAUGUUAGAAAAGAUUGUAGAGAAACAUCCAGCAGUGUCGCAGGCAAUUGUAAUAGGCAAACCUCAUGAUGAAGAUGGCGAUCAUCCAAUGGCAGUUAUAAUACCAAAUGAAUCGUAUCUUGGAAUUAUCGAUGAAGAUGAUAUUGUUCAUUUUGUAGCGAAACGUGUACCGGAUCGAAUGAAGCUCAGGGGGGGCAUUAGAAUUGUUAAUAGUUUUCCAAUGACUCCUUCUGGAAAAAUUAAAAGAGUUCUAUUAAAAUCUAUGAUACUGAAUGGAGAGAUUUGAGAUAUAAAUAAACAUUACAAACGAUUGUACGAAAUUUUAUGACUAAUUUAUUAAUAAUAGAUGUAGAUCUGCAAUAGCAUAAA